AAGAAGAUAUGGAUCUGUCCAAGCAGAACAAAGAGUGCUACAUUUUAGCGAUGAGGGGAGAAUGGGAUAAUCUGGGCAAGGUAUGUAAGGAAGCGUGGAAGCUGGUGCUUCCGAUCACUGGCAGUGGAGACACGUCGUUGCAUUUGGCAGUGCACAGUGGAAAAGAAGAACCUUUAAAAACCUUUCUUGCGCAGGUGAUGGAGAUUGAGUACACAUUGUAUUGGAAGAGCUUCGCUGAAAACACACCUCUACAUGAAGCUGCCACUGUCGGGAAUUUGGGUGCUGUUAAGCUCUUGGUUGAGUUAAGGAAGGAGGAUUUGUUGGAGAUGAACAUUAGGGGUGAAACGCCUUUGUAUAGGGCAGCCAGAUAUGGGAAACUCGAGAUCGUUGAAUAUAUUUUGAAUGAAUGUGAAGAUUAUUACACUCGAUCUCCCCUAAAUUGGAUGGCAAAGGGUACUCCAAUCAUUCAUGCAGCCAUUCAAAGCGAGAACUUUGAGAUGGUUAUGAUGUUGGUGGAUUUCGACAAGUCACUGUUGGAGAUGAAGGAUUCAAAAAACCAGACGGCUCUCCACGUGCUGGCCAAUAUGCCACACAUUUUUGAGAGUGGAUACCUGAAGGGAUUUUGGGCCAAAUUGAUCUAUGAUUGUAACAAUGUUCUUCCUUCUCUUCUUUUCUCAACAAUGAUUGUAAGAAUUUCCUUUUUUAACUUCUUAAUUUUUUUUCUCUUAUCACAUCACAGGCAAAAGACCGAUGGUAAAAAUAUUGAAUACAUGGACUACCAUGAGACGCCAUUGUUACUGGCCGCAGCCAGGGGAAUAAUAGAAGUGGUUGAAAGGAUCAUCAAAGCCCACCCACAGGCUGUGGACUACGUGACAACAAACGACAGAAACAUUCUACAUGUCAUCAUUGCACACCGACAACUCAACAUCUUUGAAUGGAUUCAACGCCGAGAUCUUAUCUUGCACAGACUGGCCAAGAGGAUCGACGUGUUGGGCUACACAGUAUUGCACCAUGUUGGAAUCACUAAAUUCCUCAAUCAUUCCACCUUUGGUCCAGCAAUACAGCUUCAAAAUGAGAUUGACUGGUUCGAUCGCGUCCAUGAAAUGAUUCCGCACCCAUACAACAUGCAUUAUAGCAAAGACGGUUGGAAACCCCGUGAGUUCUUUGAUGAAACUCACCAGGAUAUGCUUGAUAAAGGCAAAGAAUGGAUCAAGAAAACCUCCGAGUCUUGCUCUGCUGUUGCUGUCCUCAUGGCCACUGUCGCCUUCGCCGCUGCCUUCACUGUUCCCGGUGGACUCAACUCCAAAACUGGCUCUCCGGUUCUCCUCUCUGACCCUAUCUACAUUUUGUUCACCGCCUUAGACAUCGCCUCCCUCAUCUCAUCGCUCUCCUCCUUGGUUCUGUUUCUCUUGAUCUUGACCUCCCCUUUUGAGAUGGAUGCUUUUCGACAAGAAUUGCCAAUUCAAUUGUCCUUGGGAUUCAAUCUGCUGUUCUUGUCGGUGGCGAGCACCAUGAUUGCGUUCGCUGUGGCGGUCGUGCUCACACUCAAAUCCACCAACAUGGUAUGGGCCGAAUGCCUUUUGUAUUUGGUCACACUUGCUCCAAUAACCAUUUUUGUAGUAAUGAAGUUGUCGCUAUUGAUGGAGCUGGAGAGAAGUGUUCGGAAGAGUCUGCGAUUUCUUUGGAAGUUGCUACCCAUGGGUUUCCUCACCAUGUUUGUCGAGAUUCCUUCCAAAGUUUUAAGCAACAAAUCUACCUGAUUUUCAUGCCUGCCUUUGGGAGCUAAUAUAACAAACUACUUCCUUUUCUUACCUUAAUUUCCUGUACUACCUUAAUAAAUCUCAA